AUGCCAACAACACUCUGCGAUGAAUUUGAAUAUAAUCCAUUUUUGAGGACACAUCAACCGGAACUAUGGAUGGGUCUGUCGAACAUGGGUUAUAUAGUACCUGAGCAUUUGAUUGUUCAGUCAUCUGUUUGUGAGGCGAUUGAGAAGUCUUAUGAGGAGAUUAAAGUUGAUAAAUAUGGUAAUGAGACAGAAUGUGAGGAGAAUAAUGAGAAUAAGCCUGAUUUGAACGGCAUGAGCACUGUUAGUAACAAUAGUGAUAACAGUAACAGUGAUAAUGGUACUGAAAUGAGAAGUGCUGAAUGCACAUUCAAAGAUCAAGUUUUGGUGUUACGUUUACUGAGAAUGGCAAAAUAUGAAUACUACAAAAAAAUGGCGAAAGGUAGUUGA